AUGAUCGCUCAUUCGCCGAUCGAAGCGGGUAACGAGAUGCAGGGAGUGGAUACCCAAACACUGGGCGUCAUCUCCCCCGUUACAACAGUGCGCACCCCCUCUGUGUCGGCAUUCCAGACGCCAGAUCAGACCUUGAAUGAUCUCAGUUCAGAAUACUUUAUGGCAGAGGACGCACCGGGGGGUCUCCCUCCCAACUCGGUUACACAGUCCCAAUCCGAAUACGCGCAAACAACUCCUUCGGAGCCGGAUCAUGAAGACCAAGACCAUGAAGGCCAUGAAGACCCUGAAUUUACCAUGACAUCGACCCAACUAGAUCUGGACGACCACAGCUUUAUUCCUUCCUCGGUCGACCGCGACGAGAGCAGUCUAUUCCAUCCAUCGAGCGAAAAUGGCGACCACGAACGCGGUAAUAAUCAAACCCUAAUCGAAGAGCACGAAAUGCGUCGCAAACUGAUGGACAUCGAGUCGAGCUUUCUGCCGGAACCUUCAACAAUUGACGUGGCUGCGACCGGUCCUGCUGCUGGCGCGGAUGAUACGUACCUAGUUGGGGUUCCAAAGAAUGACGCCGCAGACAUAACGCAGGACUCCUCACAGCUCUCAUUCAUAGAACCAGCUGAAACAAACCCGAUGGAAGGCGAGGAACACAGCGAGGAGGAGCAGUCGAAUACGAAUUUGGACUCGGCACCUGGCCCUGCGGAACAACAUGCGGAUAAUUCCUUGCUUGACUCCCUCUCCUCGUCACCUACGGCAGCUGCAGCGCUGCGCCGAAAUCAAUCCACAUUGUCCGAGAAUGCGCGAGAAACCAGCCAGAUCUCCCAGGAUGAGCGCCCCUUCAGAUCUGAAUUUUCCAUGGCCGAGAACGAAUCGCAACUCACUCCCUCGAAGCUUCGAAACACCUCCCGCAGCCUCUCGCCCGGUGCGUCGCACCUAUUUAGUGACCAGAGUGGCAGUGCGACUGGUAGUCGUAGAGCUAGCCGACCCAAAUACUUGACUAGCCGACAAUCAGCUCAUCGUCUCUCACACUCCUCGGUCGCAAGUAACAACACUGAAACAACCAACAGCGAUGCCACACUGGGCGCGGACUAUGCCCUUCAAACUGGAGGCGCAACUUCUGACAACUAUGGAAGUUUGCACGCUGGAAGUCGUGCGCAGAUUGCCAGGACAACCAGUCUCGGCAGCAUGGCAUCUGGAAUAUCCGGGUAUAGCGAAGAAAAUCCACUUGACAAAAGAAACACGCCUGGUCCAAUGGACGGCGGCCUACAUACGCUGGAGGAGGAAGUCUCACCACAUUCUCGUGCCAGUCCUGUUGACCAGGAAGACACUUCAACACCGGUGACACCCAAGGCGAAGCCACAAGACGGCAAUGUUCCUACUGAUACAACAAUUGCCGAGCGAGUUAAGGGCAUUCAAAUUCCUACUACCUUUGCACAACGGUUCCGGGAAGACUUCCAAGUGUCCCCGGAGAAGCGUUUGGGGGCCUCGACCCCUGCGUUUGCGAAAAGUGGCCGGAACUUGACCCUCAAGGAACAGAGCAGCACCAUUGAUCGCUUGGCGAAGGAGAACUUUGACCUGAAAAUGCGAAUCCACUUUCUUAAUGAGGCGUUGAAUAAGCGAUCCGAGGAAGGCAUCAAGGAGAUGAUCUCGGAGAAUGUUGAGCUCAAAUCAGAUAAGGUCAAGCUCUCAAAGGACAAUCAAAGCCUCAGACGCAAGAUCCGGGACUUGGAAAAGCAAGUGAAAGACCAUCAGUCCGACAAGGAUUCUAUGGUCAAUCAUGACCCCGAAGGAUCAGAGGACGGUGAUCGCGACUCGGCCCAAGACGAAGAGAUCGUCUUCCUACGCGAACGGGUUGAAACCUAUGAACUCGAGAUUGAGCGCAUGAGGUCGGAAACCAUUGCACGGGAAAGUGAGAAGCGACGGUUGGCCGAGAUGGUCAAGUCGCUCAGCGAUAAUCGUGCCGGAGAGUCCGACGCAGGUGCGAGAGAAGAGCGAGAGAUGUGGAAGGAUAUGCUUGACGCAGAGACCUCAGCGCGAGAGCAAGCCGAGGAAGAAAAUCGAAGACUUCGGGAUGAGUCCAUUCGUUUGCGGAGUGAGAUGUAUUCUGCCACCAAGCCCGGCCAAUACGACUCUCUUUCAUACACGUCUGAUAGAGAUGGCAACCGAGCUCCUAGCGUUCCCAACAGCACGCUUGUUGUAGAGCUGGGGCUCCUUAAACAGGAGAACGCAGAACUAAGAAAAGAAGUUAGUGCCCAGACUUCAAUGCUCACAUCUCGCAACCGAGAAAAGGAACGUCUUUAUCAAGAGAUCGAAGAAUUGAAGCUCGGCGAACGUCGUCAUGUUGGCCGAUCCAUAGCUGGAGAUAGUAUCUUCGACCGUUCCGCCUCACGCACUCAUGUCCGACCAUCGUCUCAGGCUAGCGAUGGCACGGGCAUGUCACGCAGCGACAUGGACCGCGAUGAACUCGAAGCCCGGAAUGGACAACUCCGGGACUUAGUGUCGACUCUCAAGCUUGAGAAUCAAGCCAUCCGAGCCGAACUUGAGGACUAUAUUGGGGAACUAGAGGCUCUUGACAAAGCAUACCAGGCUGAUGUUGACCAAGCCGAAGAAGAGAUGCAAAACCUACAGCAAGAACGAGACCAGGCCGUGCAUAUGGCGAACGAACGAGAUGCCGCUUUCCAGGACCUGCGGGCCGAGGCGCAGGAAGAGUUGGAUACACUUGGGGACGAACUCGACCAGAAGAUUGUUGAGUGCCAGCGCAUGAACGAGGACCUGAGAAACCAGGAUGAAAACCUCAGGGUUUUGCAGGCCGAAAUGCGGUCUGCCAGCGAAGGCAUCAUUCGUCUCGAGGAAGAUGCACAGAACAACCUGGCCGCAUAUAAGUCUGUGCAGCAAGAGCUUGAGGAGACCAAUCGAGAGAUGGAGUCUAUGGAGAAGAGCCUAUUUGAGGCUAACACCAAGGUGCAGCGGCUGACGGUGCAGAUCGAGUCGAGCCAGAAUGAGAUUGCUUUCCUUCGCGAAGAGCAAGACGGCGAUAAGAUCCGCAUCGGAGACCUCGAGUCGGAUCUCAAGAACUACCACAUGAGUUUGGUCAGUGAAAAAGAGAAGACUAGAGAACUCGAGCAGCGACUGGCAGAUGAACGUCACCAGCGAGAAGUGGUGGGAAGCAAGGAGAAGCAAGAUGUCCAGCGUAUCAUGAAUGAACUGAACCGCGAAGCUUCAGCUUCCAAGGAGGAGGUCCGACGUCUGAAGAAGAGCCUUUCAGCCCAAGAGAUUGAAACCUCCACCUGGCGAGAACGGUUGAUGGACCUCGAAAACAAUUUGAGAGAAACUCUGGGUGAUCUUAGCGGCAGUCGGUCUAGCUUGAUCACCAAUAUCAUGAAGCUGCAAAAGGAACUCGAGUCGACCGCCCUUGACUUGGAGAGCAUCCGCUCGCAGCUAGACGAGAAAGAAUCUCUGCUUCGGAACCGUGACGCACUGCUCGAAAGUCAUGGGCUUGAGUCACGCAAACUCUCGGAACUCUUGGAUCGCGAACGACACGCGCGCCGAGCCGACAAGCAGUCGUUUGAGUCGUCGCUGAAAUCUCAUCAGCAGGCAUCCCGGACCAUUACGCAAAGCAAUUCCCGUAUCACAGAUCUGGAAAAAGCGCGGACCGAGGACCGCAAACGAUACGCAUCGCUGGAACAGCAAUUUAAGGACCAGCUUAGCGAGAGGAACAUCAUGUUCCUUAACAUUUGGAAAAGAAUAUCUGGGCUUUGCGGGCCGGACUGGGCGCACUCCAACAGUCUUAUUAACGGCAAUCUUCCGAGCCAGGAGGUCAUUGGUAAUAUUUUGUUCUGGCCGGGCUUCAGCCGCAACCUUCUGCUUGCAAUGAAGACUGUCGAGGCCGUGAUGGCGGGUUUCAAGACUCGCAUCAAGAACAUCGACCAUGAGUUGACCAAGCGUUAUCACACGCUUGAGCUAUCAUAUAACGGACGGAUCAAGAAGCUCGAGCGCCUCGAAGAGGCUCUGAAAAACAUUCGAUCCGGUCGUGGACAGUCGAGCUCCACGCCGGAGAUAUCUAAAUUGCGUGGCGAGAACCGUCUGCUGAAGGCUGAACUCAACUUGCUUCAAUCCAACUCGCGAGGACAGGGUCCUGCGUCUGCGGCUGCAGUCAUGGCAUCGGGACCCCGAUCCCCUUCUUUGGCGUCGACAGCAGAGUCGGAACGAUCCUUAGGGCGUUCAAGCUCUACGGCUGGCACUGAAAGACCUCGCCCCGAGAAAGGCAUCGCUCGCAGCGUUACAGGGCUUCCGCAGCCCUCUCACUCCUCUUCUAACAGCCCAUUGACCAACAACAAUGCUGGAACGAUGAUAGCACGCACGCGCAGCUCGCACAGUGGCUGGGAUGGUGGCGAUGAGAAAUGGAUUCACAGGCUGCAUGAGCUAGAGAGGCGACUCAAAUCUGAACGUGAAGGUCGCCUCCUAGACCGCAGUGGCGCUCGCAAGCGACUUGAGGAGCGCGAUGCUGAGAACCAGAAACUUCGAGAUCAGCUCAGCCGGGAACGUACGCGGCGCGGACCCUCGGGGACCAUUACAGAUAACGGCAGUCGCAGUCGCCCUCCUGUCUCAGAUGAGGCUCCCAGCUCCAGUGAAGGGGAGGGCAUCACCGUCGACAUCGAAGUUUGA